CCUCUGACGGUGCUGAAAAAAGCCAUUUUCUGGCGCUGCUGCAAAUUCUGUCCAAGUCCAAAUAAUUUACCUGGAUCCUCGUUGGGAGGAGAGGGAAACUUUGAUGUCUAAUCAGUGUUGGUGUUUUCUCCGGGUGUGUUUGGCUGCGGUGCCCGGGCGGACGGCGCAGCGCCGGAGAAAUGGAAACGCUCUUUGUUGGUCCGCUGGUCGAGGAGCAGAGCUGAUGCACAAGAUGAGGCCACUACAGGGGCGAUUCAAUAGUCUGCUGCUGUGUACCAGCACACAGCCCGCGUUUGGCUGCACUGCUCCCGGCUCCCUACACGUUAUUAUUCGCUACAACGUGCCACUGCAGUUGUAUUUGUUGGCCAUGAGCUCUCUUUGUUGUGGUUUCACAGCCCGCUGUCCCAAGGACGAGCUGCAGACAUUGUCUGAGCGGAGCACUGUGGCUGCCACUCAGGGACCAUAUGGGACAGAGCGUCCUUUACCUCGGCUCCUGUGCCUUUUCGGUGUAACCACAAGCUCUCGUGUUGUUUGUUUCCACUGCAGAUCUGUCCAGAUGGAUAAAAUGCAGCCCAACCGGAUUAAAAUCACAGAUCUGAAUCCACACCUCACAUGCCCACUGUGCGCUGGCUACUUAAUUGAUGCUACGACCAUUGUAGAGUGCCUGCACUCCUUUUGUAAAACUUGCAUUGUUGCCUUCCUGGAGACAAAUAAGUUCUGCCCUCGAUGUGACGUUCAGGUCCACAAGACAUGUCCACAGCUCAGCAUCAGGGCAGACAAAACUCUACAAGAUAUUGUUUAUAAGCUUGUACCAGGGUUAUUCAAAGAUGAGAUGAAACGGAGGCGGGACUUCUACGCAGAGAAUCGUGUGCUGGAACCGGGGGAAGUGGUGGAGACGUUUAACAUAGCAGAGGAUGAAAUCAUCAGUCUGUCCAUACAGUUCUACGAGAGGAACAAAAAUAAUGAGAGGCAGCAUUCAGAGUUGGAAGGAGACAAGUCCAAUGGUAAACGCUUCCUGCAGUGCCCAGCAGCCAUGUCCGUCAUGCACUUGGCAAAGUUCCUCCGAAGCAAGAUGGAUAUUCCCAACAACUAUCGAGUGGAGGUGUUGUAUGGAGAUGAGCCCUUGAAGGACUACUACACACUAAUGGACAUUGCCUACUUUUACGAGUGGAGAAGAACUGGACCCAUCCCCCUGCAGUAUCUUGUCAAACCCACCCGGAAGCGUAGGAGGGCCCCCCAGUCUGCCGCCCAGGGCCACUCUGACGGCGUCAACACCAGCCCGACAUCGGAGAGCGACUCCCAGAGUGACAAAGUCCACAGUCCUGCUGCGGCCCAGCCGCCCCGAGCCUCCUCACAAUCCAGCCCCGCGUCCCACAACCUCUCUCCCGCUAUCCAAAGCUCCAACGGUACCACUGUGACCAACAACACUCAGCGACACACUCUGGCCUCCAAACAGGGCGCCAACGCUCGGAAGGUGACUGUCAACGGCACGAGCACUGGGGCUGGCAAAGAGGAGGCGAGAGGAGGCGACAAAAGUGGUUUGCCUCCGACGACCUAACGUGCAUACAGGGCAGCGGGGGAGGACAGUGUUUGAAUUGCUCCCUUCAUUCUUUCUAAAUGGAGAGAAACGACAAGAUUGAGCCUUCUGGACAAACAGGAGGCAGAUUACUGUUAUCAUCUUUCAGCGGGAAAGACUGAGAAGUGCAGCCAAAUAGACACUUGUAUGUAUGUAUGUGCGUGCGUGUGUGUGUGUGUGUGUGUGUGUUUAUGUGUGUUAGACUAGAACAGUGCACACAUACAAACUGUACAGUAUGUAUCAAAUGUGAGCAUGUGUGCAUACAUAUGUAUAAACUUAUCUUUUAUACAAGAUAUUGUAAUCGUUUUGUAUUGUAUAUGCAGUGGGUCUGUUUCAUUUCCAUACUGUAGUUGCAUCAACAUGGAUUUGGCUCCAUAACACUUGGGACAAAAUGCUGAAAGACAUUGCAGUGUUCACCACUGCAGGAGUUGGAUGUAAAGAGAAAAACAGUCAUGUUAAUAACUGCUGUAUAAGUGUCCAGUAUAAGCAACUGCUCAUCAGGUAACACCGGUACAUUACAUUAAACUGUUGAUGCACUUUGUCAAGGCCAGAUCACACAAUCCAAUAAGUAUUUUCCAACAGGAGAAGCAUUUAUAUUUACAAAGUUCCAAGCACUACCAUGCUCGUAAGCAGAUGUUUGUCAGCAGACCGUGUUCUUUCUCUCAUGGCAGUCGAAGAGCUCAAAAGGGAUUUUUGGCCAUGUAUGUUGUAGUUCCAUAAAUUUCAACAUUCCUUUUGUUUUUUUUCAACAAACAAUGAUACUUUUUUUAAUCAGCCAUAUGUGCAUGUUUUAGGUCAAUAAAAUGUUUACUUACUAGGUAUUUCUGACCUGACUGUCCUGUUUAUG